AUGGGCUUCGAUCGAAUAGCGCUCUACUUCCAUAACCUAUACUAUGGCAUUGGCAAUCUGAAGGCCGAGAAAUCACCUGACGCAAUUCAACUCGGGGUCCUCGGUGCAGCAUCGUUCAGCCCUGGCGGUCUAUCUGACGCGGCUCGAACUCACAGCGAUGUGGUCAUCACUGCUAUCGGCGCGCGUGUUCUUGAGAAAGCACAGGCUCAAGCCAAAGAGUACGGGAUCCCGAGGGCUCAUGGAUCCUACCAGGAAGUCAUCGAGCUAGAUGAUGUGGACGCCGCUUGUAUCCCACUUCCCAUCGCCUACCACGCGGAGUGGGCUAUCAAGGCUGCGAGGGCUGGCAAGCAUGUACUGGUCGAGAAGCCCAUCUGCAGCAUAGCGGUAUCCGCUUCUGGGCGCAUGUUCUCAAAUUACCCGCUGGGUCUCGACGCAACGAACACCAAAUACCAGGUGGCAGAGCUCAAACCAAACAAUACGGAGACGCCAUAUCCGGACGCUGAAAUCAACACUCCGCCCGGUGGUCCCAUCGACUAUUCGACAUACCCAGCAUCCUCCAAGGGCGACCCUGACCAUUUUGUCGCCGUGCAGUCCGUAGUCGUGGAUGCAGCUGAUCGAUUGUGGGUAUUGGACACCGGGCGUGUUUCUCUAGAGAAUGACACCCUUCUGACAUCUCAAUAUGGCGGACCGAAGUUGGUGGGAAUCAGUCUGUCUAACAACACUGUCUUCAAGACCAUCUUGUUCCCUCCGAACGUUGCAUAUGGCGACUCGUACCCGAACGACGUUCGCUUCGAUCUCCGUCCAUCUGUCUCCGGAUCCGGACAGGGUAUCGCAUACAUCACAGAUUCUUCUAGCGAGGGAAGGAAUGGCAUCAUUGUCGUCGACCUUGGCUCGGGAGAAAGCUGGCGCCAGCUUGAGAACAUUCCCCAAGUUCGCCCUGAGGCUGGCUUCUUUGCCCAGGUUUGGGGCGAACCUGUUUACAUGAACGAUGGCAUUCGACCUAUUACUCCACUUGCGUUCGGUGCUGACGGCAUAACCUUGUCCAACGACGGCGAGACCCUCUAUUUCUCUGUCGUGAGCGGGCGCUACCUUUUCUCGGUGCCAACGGCACGUCUUCGGGAUCGUGGCCCCAGCUCAGCACUCUUUGCAGCGGGAUCUGUCAUGAAUCUGGGCCAAAAGGGCGUAUCCGAUGGCCUUGAGAGCGACUCAAACGGCAUCGUCUACGCCGGCAGCGUGGAAACAAACUCCAUCAACAUCUUCAGCCCAGAGAAUGGGACGAUUUCGACGUAUUUGCGCAACCCCAAGAUUGACUGGACAGACACUUUUUCCGUGGCUGGAGACUACAUCUACUUUACUGAGAAUCAGCUAUGGCGCAAGCCGAGCAGUCAGGGAGGUGUCGACAGGCGCGUCAAGCCAUAUGCACUAUAUCGAGUGCCACUACUCAAUAACGCCACGAAGAUUUCUUUGCUGUAG